AGAUUCAUUGGCGAAGCGUCAUAACCAGGUCUAAAAAAUGAGCGAGAGUGAGAGCGAGCUUUCGAGCGCUGUGACGAGCGCACUGUUGGAGCUCUACCAUCGCGAGAAUAUACCCAUGGUCUCGCAACCCAUGGCGGGAGUUGGGGAGAAUGCCUACGGACAGGUCCUUCGAGUGAGUUGGCCCACGAUUUCGGAAGCCGCAAACGUGGUGGUCAAAAUGGCGCCAAAGAACGUGGCCCGAAGAUCCCACAUGCACGUGGUGGACUACUAUGCCCGGGAGGUCUUCAUGUACCAGGAGGUAUUCCCCAUCUUCCGGAAGUUAUCGCCAGAUCGCAGCAUGUUCACCGUAGCACCAGCACUUCAGGCAAAUGGUCUCAGGGCUCCCGAUGAAUUCCUUAUCUUCGAGGAUCUAGCUGGAAGUGGUUUCCGUCCCAAUUCCCGCAGUACUAUGCCCACCUACGACAUCGUAAUCUGCUCUCUGAAAGCUUUAGCCGAGCUGCAUGCCUGUUCAUUUAUUCUGCAGAAAAAAAAUCCUGAAAAGUUCAGGGAGUUAGUUAAUUUCGUUAAGAAGGACAACUUAUUCACUCCCAACAUUGAGGAGGUCACCAUUGAGUUUGGAAAGGCACAGCUAAGAAAGGCAAGAAAUAUCCUGAACGAGUCCGAUGGGGACCAAGUGGCUGCCCUUAAGGAGGUCCUGGAACGCUGUGAAAAACACCUAAAGUCCUUGGCCCUUUACUGUGUGGAUGGGAAAUCGCCCGCUCCUUAUUCGGUUAUCUGUCACGGCGAUUUUUGGAAUAAUAAUAUUCUCUACAGACAUGAGCCAAAUUGUGAUCAGGCCGUGGAGGCGAAACUCAUCGACUUCCAGAUGUCCCGCUAUGCCCCACCUGUACUCGAUAUAGUCCACUACCUCUUUGCUUGUACGGAGAAACAAUUGCGGGAUGAACACUUUUCCACCUUCAUGGAUGCCUAUUUCGACACCCUGGAACAGAAAUUGGCGACGUGUGAUCUUUGUCUGGAGGAGAUAUAUCCACGCAGUGUUUUCAACCGACAAUUGCAGCUAUACGGUGUUUACGGCUUAAUUAUGGGUGCUUUUUCCCUACCCUUUUUCGUUUCCAAUGCCAGCGAGGUAAUUGAUAUCGAUACCGUUUCCGAGGCCAUCCAGGAACUUUCAACAUCUUCCGACGAACCCAAGUAUAAGGAGCUGGUCGAGGAAUACGAUAUGCUCAACGCCCGCACAUUGCCAAUUUUCAAGCGCCGAAUUAUCGGAAUUGUGAAGGAUCUAAUCAAAUACGACAUGACAGAGCCCCUUUUUAAAAUGGACUCCUAACCCCAGUGCUACAGUAUUAUAAACUAAGAAGAUGUAAAUAUUUGGAAUUCUAAAGCAGGCAAAACUAAAGCUUUGGCAGUAUAUGUGAUUUUGUUUCAUAUUUAUUAAGGGAACUCUAAGAUUCUAAAAAUUCACAACUUAAAUAAAAAGUCCGCAAAACAAGGGAUGUUAACUAAA